GAGGGGGUUGGGGUUAGUUGUGUGUUAGACUCAGCGCCACGGUGUUAGCUGAGCUCAGGUGUCCCGGGUCCGUGGCUAGCUUCUGCCUGCUUCAGCCUUGUUGGUCCGGGCCUCUGGGAGAUGACAACUCUUCCCUCCCGAGUAUCCUUCUCGGCCUCUUUCUUCCGGCACCCUCUGUCGUUGGGGCAGGAUGAGGUGGCCUGUUUAGAAGUGCCCCCCGGCUCCUCUGGGACCUGCUGGGUUGGACUUGCCCGGCGCGUGUGGAGCCCCGAGCGUCCUCCCUUCCCGGCCAGAGCCCGGAGGCUACUGGACUGCCCGGGAUUGGCUGAGAAUAUGGGGCUCCCAGAAGCCCCAUCCCAGUGCUCCGCCGCUUAUGUCCCGUGGCUUCAGUGUGGGUUUGUGCCUCCGAACCCCGAAAGGAAGUUUUCCCGGUCCAUUUGGCUUUUCGUGGUUUCCCGGUCCCAAAGAAAGACGCAUCAGUUGUUUGUUUCUUCCCUACCUGGAAGGGGCUGUGUCUCCGGGUCAAGACUGAUAAAAAUGCUCGUCACACUUCUUUUCACCAUUUUGGUCCCUUGCUGCUCCUUGACUCCAGUUUCAUUCAGUUCAGCAGCUCUUCCAAGUGCUACAGGCAGUCACCAUCAUCCAGGAACUUCUCCUUUGAGCUCAGGAGACUUGGUCCAGGAAAGCCUCCAUCUCUUUACCAUUGCACUGCCCUGCUGCCAACUUGUGGCCUGGCCUGAGAACUUAUUUGCUGUCUUCCACCUCCUUGAAGCUGCAGAAGUUGGAGCCAAGAUGGCAGAGAAAAUGCAGGGACUUCCCUGA